GAAAAAUAUAAACGCAAAAGCAAGGUCGCUAGGAGUGAGAAUCGAAAUCACGACAUUCAUUACAAGCGUACAAGUUAGCAAGUAGCAACAUACAACCCAUGGGUGUAUUGUCUAAAGUUCUAAACCAAGACUAGGCUCAAACUGUCUUCGAACCCAUAAAACUCUGAACUCCUGAGAGCUCAGCAUCAUUCAUCAAUCGCAAAGAUGAACAGUCGCGAAAUCAAAAUCCCAAUUGAUGAUAUUGAAGAUCCCCUGAAUAAAGCAUCAUUAGCCAUUGAUAAUCUUUACCUAAUCCGAAACUCAUUUUACCCAGAAAACCCAGAUGACAAAAUUUCUAAAUUGCAGCAAGAAUCUCAUUACUGUCUCAACUUACUUGAUUCCAUACCACCUGAGUUUAGGAAAUCUACAAUUCAGCGUGCAACUUAUGAGCAUUUGAAAGGAAAAGUAUUGGAUGUAUUUCCGGACUACAGGAAAGAGGCUGAAGACCAUCUUUCAAAAGCUGUUAAGUUGAAUCCAUCUCUCACAGAUGCGUGGCUAUCUCUAGGGAACUGCUUUUGGAAGAAAGGAGAUCUACUUUCAGCAAAGAACUGUUAUAAUCGUGCAUUAAGUAAGGGUCUAGACAAGAACGUUUUAUGUCAGCUGUCGAUGCUGGAAAGAAAAAUGGCUCAAGAUAGUGAGAAUAAAUCAGAACUUGUUGACGAGAGUAUCCGGCAUGCUAAGGAAGCUAUAACUUUGGAUGUGGCUGAUGGAAAUUCUUGGUAUAACCUAGGAAAUGCAUGUUUCACAAGCUUUUUUGCGUCGGGCGCUUGGGAUCAUUCUAAACUUUUUCAGUCUUUAAAAGCAUAUCAAAACGCUGAGAAAGAUGAAAAGAUGAAGGGGAAUCCAGAUCUGUUUUUCAACUGUGCCACAGUGAACAAAUAUCUUGAGAACUAUGACAAGGCACUUAGUGGAUUUGAAGCAGCUUGUAAAAUUGAUCCUGCCCUAGAUGCUAAUGGAGAGGUCCAGAAAUUGGUUGCUCUUCUUGAUAGAUUGGAGACUUUACUUAAGGGACAUACCAAAGCGAAACGCCUUGCUUCCCUUGUGUCAUCUUUAGUUUCUGUUGAACCAAAUAUUCCAUAUAAAAAGGCCACUGUAGAUCUUUUGUUUGAGGGUCUGAACAAGUCAACAGCUGUUACUAGCAAAGUGCUUUUCUAUGUUAAGCACGAGAAUGUUACACCAUUAUAUUAUGUAGCAUGUGACUCCAAUCAAAUGUGUUUUGUCCUGUCAGUGUAUGGGCUGCAGGACAAUGUGAUUAAAGAAAGAGAUCAAAUAACGUUGCUAGAACCUUGGUACAAGAGCGUCGGUUUCUCUUGGAAAGGAAAAGCUUACUCGUUUAAAUCAAUUCGUGUCGAUUUCAAAGAACAAAUAGUAGUGAACGGUAAAACGCUAUCAGCGAAACAGGCUACUUCAACUUCUUUUUAUGCACAGCAUAAGUCCACUUAGCCAGACCAAGUAGUUUUAACAUUUUGAGUAUAUAGACUGUAUCAUGUUCAUGUAUGAGGUAUUUGUACAGUGUAAGUAGCCAACUAUAUAUUGUACGUGUACUUGUAUAUGUACUUGUACAAUGUAAUUGUAGGUUCAGGCUCAAUCGAGUGUUGUAUUUCUUCACUUAAACAUAUACUUCAUCUGUUUCAUUAUACUUGUCAUUGAUAGUGACAUUUCUAUACUGAACAUGCCAAUAUGUCACUUUCAAUUGCAAGUAUUUAGAAUGGAGGUAAUAUAUGGCUUGAGAACUCUUUCUCUUUGACAAGAUUGCUAGUUUGAUUGGAAUAGUGGAUUGGUUUUUGAGCAUGUCUAAAUUGUUACUUUGAAUGUAAAUUAUCAAUGGCUGGUUCCGGCAUGUGCAAGGUGCCUGAGUACAAACCCAAACCGAAGGGGUAUAAAUAUUAGUUUACAUUUUACGUUAAUUUGUCGAUGCUCCUUUUGGCCACAACUUUUUGUUUUGUUUAAUAAGUGUAUGAUUUGUCGUCAUUCAAUCCUCUCAACACCUUUUGCAAUCGUUGACAUCCAAGUAAGGUGAAUAAAAAUCGAGAUCUUUUAAUCCCUAAAAUUGAUGUUUGAAAGUUAAUACCACAGUUACAGUAUUCAUGAUCAUAUUAAUUUCAAAA